UUUUUUUUUUUUUAAAACAACCGGGCUAAAAUGUAUGUCAUUUAUGCAGGAUAGAAGUUUGGAGGUUUGAGUUGUACAGAAAAUAUCCAAAUCGCAAAAGUAAAUGUUUAUUAAUGAUGGACAUUAAUUUUGGGGCAUAAAAACCUGAUGGCCAAAUAAUGAAAGUGUCUUAAACCAGAGGGGGCACUAAUUUUUGGUUUCUUUUGGAUUUUGAUGCCAAAACACCAUUGCAAAUUAAAAUUUUUGAGUUGCUUUAAAAUAAAGUUAAUACAUUUUAUAUAUAUACAGUAUAAUGUGUGUGUGUGUAAAUAGUAAAUUAUCCAUUUCAAAUAAAUGGAAUUUCAAGCUGCAAGUAUAAAAUUCAAAUAAGGAUGUAAAAUGGCAAACUGAAUUGUCAAUUGAUAAUCGAAUAUCCGUUUAAAUUAUGGGUAAGCUUGUCACUGAGACGAAAGUCUACAUUGUGAUUUUCUCAAGUCUUUCAGUGUAAACACGUUCAUUUGUAUGAUCAUAUAUGACCUUUGGCACACUAAAGAACAAAUUUUUUUAAGGAAGUCUUGUUGUGGAAGUCAUUUUUGCAGCUCAUUUCCCUACCUAAGAUAACUCGAUCUCUGAGGCACCACCUUUUGCUGCUUGGUGGAGUCAACCUCGGCAGCAUGUUGAUUUUUGAUAGAUAUAUAUACUGUGACUCUACGAUUGUUUAUCAAUAGAGGCGCUUCCAUUGACUAUGAAAUUGCGCAAAUUGGAUUUGCAAUAAUAAAUUGGCUUAAUGGAAGCAUGUCAAUUUCUCGAAAAAAACUUGGAGGAGGUGGUUUUCGAAGCUGUAUUAAAAUUGACCUAUUUUGAAAAAACUGCAAUGAAAACACUUAUCAACUAAUUCUGACUCUGGGAAAAGCGGCUUUCCAUUUUGGCUUUGCACGAAGCGUAAAGCCACUUGUCUCCGCUAUAGAACCAAUUGGUUUGCCAUGAUUGUGUAAGCAUUCACUACUGUAAAGUGGUGUGUAUCGGCGAAAAGCUGCUUUUCUCUGCUUCAGAACUUGUUAGCGUUACGUUAAUUGCGUGAACAGUUAAAAAGUUUCGGUAGUCAAAAGCUGCCGCUAAACCUCCAAACCAAUUGACUGUAGUACGGCUGCAAACAGACCCUCACACUUAAAGAAGACGGAGCAUAAGAAAAAAAUAUCAAAUGUUACGGUAACAGCGCACAAAACUAAACUAAACAUAAUUUCUUAACUCUGUGUUUGCUAACGUCUCCCAACUUGGUCCUCCUUAUAAUGUCAUGACAUUUUCAGAAUAAAAGGUCCAAAAUUAUAUGUUAAAUUAUUUAUAUUGCAAAAGUGUUUGCAUCUGAAGGCAGAACUGUAACACUAAAGCUAGAAAAAAUGCUAAUGAACAUGCUAGUGACAUGCUAACAAGUUCGGAAUUCUAAGAUAAACAGGCUAAUUUUCAAAACCUGUGUUUUUGAACAGUUUCUGAGGAAAACAUAGCUUUUGCCAUCAUUUUUUAAGUAUAUUUAAACUGUGUGGAAGGUAAAAACAUGCUAAACAUGGUUUUCAGUAAUUGGCAUGCGAAACUAUCAAAUUGAAACAAUGAAAAUGGAAAACAUCUCUUCGUGUCAGUAUUUGAAACACUAGCAUUAACACUUUAGCAUAAACAUAUUUUUUGCAGGUGGCAUGUACCAACUGGAAAAGGACUUUGAUUGCUUUAAAACAGAAUGAACCAUAUCCUGACCCCAUGUCCUUUAAAAGUAACAUGGUCCACAAAUUUGAUAGAUUCCGACUCCUGAAGCACUAUUCAAUGCCAGAAAGAAAGGCAAAACUAAAGCACUACACCAAGUUUCUGUUUGUCCGUGAUCCAUUUGUGCGCCUCAUCUCCGCUUACAGGGACAAGAUGCUGAAUUAUGAUCAGUACUUUUAUGAAGGCUACGUUAGAGUCAUUUUGCAACGCUAUAAAAACCAGAAGAAUGUACCUGUUAAAUAUAAUGGGACAAAAAGAACGUAUCUCAAACCUUCGUUCCAUAACUUUGUUCAGUACAUAGUUGACCCGCGAACAGAGAAAUAUGCACCGUUUGAGCCUCACUGGAGGCAGAUGCAUCGCCUGUGCCACCCCUGCCUUGUUGAAUAUGACUUUGUUGGCCAUCAAGAGAGUCUUCAAGAAGAUGCUCGGCAGCUGCUGAAGAUGUUAAAGCUAGAAGACGCCAUUAAGUUUCCUCCAUCAUAUGAAAACAUGACUUCUGGUAAUUCUGUUAUGGAAUGGUUUCAAGGGGUACCAAUAGAAGACAGGAGGAAGCUGUACAAAAUCUAUGAAAAAGACUUUCAACUAUUUGGCUACAGAAGGCCAACUGAACUGCUGGAUGACUGAGCUGAUGUCAAGCCCAUGGCACACAGCCACUGCUACAUUUUGCGCAUAUUGCACUGAUGAAAAUUGGUCAUACUUGAACAUGCGUGGGAAAAAGUGAGAAAAGUUGCGGUCUUUACAUGAAAUUUUCACAAAUGUAUUAUGAAUGAACCACCCUAAAACCACGGAAGAAGAACAAAUAAACCACGCAAAGAGCAUGUAAAGCAAAGUAGAACAUGAACGGUGCGUGAUUAUUGCGCUGUUUACAUGCAAUUCAUUAGUGAUUCGUGCAUCAAUUACUUAAUUUGAAGGUGAUAUGUGUGCCGUAUGCGUGAUGUAAAAGUUAUAAACCAGUGGUACAUGCGUAAAAAGUCUGUUAGACACACGUGGAACGGCCGUGGAAAGCCACAAAUUUGCAUCUUGCAAUAAUCACACACAAUUGCAUAAGAUUUCUGUAAUAAUUAUGUAUUAACUAUGUAAAAUACGCAUUAACUGUGUAAUUCUCAACCAACCAAAAAUUUUGAGCAACUCAAAACCGAAUUCACAUAAAGACUUGUGGGCUGAAACGCUUGAUGGACAUCUGCACACAUUGACGAAUGCAAGCAACACUCUUGAAUUACGGAUGUCAUGCAUGUAUCACGAAAGACCGAAAUUACAUACAUGUAAAAAAAAUGCACAAAAUGUACGCAGACAUUUAGGAGUUCUCCUGUGCUCAUUCACUUCAAUGUUGAAACUGCCUCAGAAAAUGAACAAACCACAUAAUUUCACACAACAGACAGCAUAAGAUUUGAAUAUUGACACUUUAAAAUUUCUAAAUGUUAAUUUUCAGGCAUCAUAAUUCACUAACAAGAAAAGGCAAAAGCCCCUGCUCUUUCUUUCUAUGAUAAAAGAAACAAUGUAGAAUUGAAAAGUUAGUAGUAUAGCAGCUUUUUUCUGGGUUGCAAUCACAAUUUCAAUCCAAUAAUGCUGUUUUAUAAUAAGAAUGGAUUGGAUUUUCUAGACACUCAAGGCGCUUACAAUGUGUCCAUCAAUCAUUCACUCCUCAUUCAUGUUUGGUGAAUUACUGAUGUAGCCACAGCUGCCCUGAGGCAGACUGACAGAGGCGUGGCUGCCAGAUUGCGCCUUCGACCCCUCUGACCAUCACCGAGAUCAUUCAUACACAUUCACACACCCGUGGAGCAACGGUGGAGGCAGGAAUGGUUUGGUGUCUUGACAAGGACACAACAACAGUUGACUGGGGGGAGCAGGGAUCGAGCCACCGACCCUUUGAUCAUUGGCCGACCUGCUCACCCGCAUGGGCCACUGCCGCCCACCUUUUACUUGUGUUUGUACUUGUCAUUGACAAUAUGAGGUUCAUGGGGUGUAUGUGUUAAUGGAUGGGGGUAGGGAAUAGGUUUGGGUGGGUUUUAAUUUAUUUUUUUUAAUAAUUUCAAGUUUAUUUAUUUUCUUCAACUUGUCCUGUCCAACAGCUGAGCAAUCAGAUGAGAGUUGAAGGCCUCUUGUGUUAGACAUAUCUUACUGUUACAACCUGGGGUUAUGAAUCUUCUCAUACACAAAGUGUAUAGUUGAAUAAACCCCAUUUGUAAUGUAAACUAAACUUUAUUUAUGCUAAUUAUAUUUGUAACCGUUUUUUGUUGUUGUUGGACUGGACAGAAAAGUAUUUAUUUUUAAUUGUAAAGCGCUAAAUAAAUAAGCAUGGCAAGCAUUUAUUUAUAAAUAAAGUUGGAUUCAGUUUGAACUAGGCUUCUCUUCCAAUUCCAAAGCAAUACUUUUGUUUUUUUAACCUGGAUUUGAGAGAAAAACUACAUUAAUUUUUCAUUUCUGAAAAUCUUCUGUUUUAAUAAACAAAGCCAUGCUGUGUGUUCUGUUCAAGCUACCAUGUUUUAUUCGACUUAAGCUGUGAUUUAUCAAUAAAA